AACCGGGGCGAGGGGAAAGGAUUUUCGUGGGCAAAUAAGUAUGAAAAAGCCAGAGUGCAGGAAAUUUGGGACUAGGAAACUGAAAUUUACCUAUCUUGACCAGAAAGGAUGGACGAGGUCAAAGAUGAGAAAAAUGAAAAGGGGGCACUUAAAGCUGCAUGGAAGUUUUGUGGGUUGCUGUUAUCGCUCAGGCCAACGGCCAAGGGGUUCGGCCUCAGGUUGGGAAUAAAGCGGAGGAAAGUCUCGGCCGGCGCCGGCGGGAACACGGCGGGGCCGGGUAGCGCUCCCACGCCAGACUAACAAAGGCCGGCCGGGGAACUUCCCGAGCCGUGCCGCCGGCGGGGGCCGAAGGGUUAACUGCGCGCCGGCCUCCCGCGCGCAUCCCGGCCCCACACCCGCCGUCGCUAGGAAACGCCGCCAGCGGGGGAGGGGCGGGCGGCGCGGCCGAGGGUGGGAAUCUUUUUCGGGCGCCCGGGGGCGGAGGGAGGGGAGCGCGCGUGCGCGCGCCCCGCCGGCCGUCGCCGCGGUGACCGACCUCGGAGUCCGCCGGCUCGCGCCCCGCCCCCGUGCCUGCUGCCCCCUCCCCUGUCCUGCGCGCGGGGCUUCUUGCUCCUCCUGAGGUACCGCGGCCAGCGUCGCCGCGGCUCCUUCUCUCGCAGCCUUGGGUUUCCUUGGCGCUGCUGCCGCCGCUACCUCCUCGGUCUUCACGAGGAGGAGGAUGUGAAGAUGGCGGAGCUGCAGAUGCUGCUGGAGGAGGAAAUCCCGGGGGGCCGCCGGGCCCUCUUCGACAGUUACACGAAUCUGGAACGGGUGGCAGAUUACUGCGAGAACAACUACAUCCAGUCAGCAGAUAAGCAGCGAGCCCUAGAAGAAACCAAAGCCUACACCACCCAGUCCUUAGCAAGUGUUGCCUAUCUGAUAAAUACCUUGGCGAACAAUGUCCUGCAAAUGCUGGAUAUCCAGGCAUCCCAGCUACGAAGGAUGGAAUCUUCAAUCAAUCAUAUUUCACAAACUGUUGAUAUUCAUAAAGAGAAAGUUGCGAGAAGAGAAAUUGGUAUUUUGACUACUAAUAAAAACACUUCAAGGACACAUAAGAUUAUUGCUCCAGCCAACCUUGAACGACCAGUUCGUUAUAUUAGAAAACCUAUUGACUAUACAAUUCUAGAUGAUAUUGGACAUGGAGUAAAGUGGUUGCUUAGAUUUAAGGUGAGUACCCAGAAUAUGAAGAUGGGUGGGCUGCCGCGUACAACACCUCCAAGUCAGAAACCCCCCAGUCCCCCAAUGUCAGGGAAAGGGACACUUGGGCGACACUCCCCCUAUCGCACACUGGAGCCAGUGCGUCCUCCAGUGGUACCAAACGAUUAUGUACCUAGCCCAACCCGUAAUAUGGCUCCCUCGCAGCAGAGCCCUGUGAGGACAGCUUCUGUGAAUCAAAGAAAUCGAACUUACAGCAGCAGUGGGAGUAGCGGAGGAAGCCACCCGAGCAGCCGGAGCAGCAGUCGGGAGAACAGCGGCAGCGGCAGCGUGGGCGUGCCCAUCGCGGUCCCCACUCCCUCUCCUCCCAGUGUCUUUCCAGCCCCUGCUGGCUCUGCUGGUACUCCUCCCCUUCCUGCUACUUCUGCAUCUGCCCCUGCCCCUCUUGUUCCUGCUACUGUCCCUUCCUCCACUGCCCCAGAUGCUGCUGCUGGGGGUGCCCAGACCCUUGCUGAUGGCUUCACUUCUCCAACUCCCCCUGUUGUUUCUUCCAAUCCCCCUCCAGGUCAUCCUGUUCAGUUCUACAGCAUGAAUAGACCUGCCUCUCGCCAUACUCCCCCAACAAUAGGGGGCUCGUUGCCCUAUAGACGUCCGCCUUCCAUAACUUCACAAACAAGCCUUCAGAAUCAGAUGAAUGGGGGACCUUUUUAUAGCCAGAAUCCAGUAUCUCUGGCUCCUCCUCCUCCCUCCAUCCUACAGGUAACUCCUCAGUUACCUUUAAUGGGAUUUGUGGCCAGAGUCCAAGAAAAUAUUUCAGAUACCCCCCCUCCUCCACCCCCCACGGAGGAACCUGUCUUUGAUGAAUCCCCGCCCCCACCUCCGCCCCCAGAAGACUAUGAAGAGGAGGAAGCAGCUGUGGUUGAGUAUAGUGACCCUUAUGCUGAAGAGGACCCACCCUGGGCUCCAAGGUCUUACUUGGAAAAGGACAAACUCACAAAAGACAUGACAAAAUUUUGGAAGCUAGAAAGCACAUGCCUGAGUGGUAACCAACUCAGCAGGCCCAAGAAAAGCUCCAAGUGAUGCCAGCACUGGAGAAAAGCAGAGAAGCACCCCAACUGACAUUAUGUGACCUUGAAACUUUCCAGAAGCAGCAGAAGUAAAGGUAGGCCUCAAAGCAGGAGCACUGGUUGAAAGCAUCUUUAAGAAAUUGGUUAAAUCCCAGAUCCCUCCUUUUCUCGCACAGCACCAGUGCUCUCAGGUUCAGACUGAUGUUGACUCACGGGACCCAACAGACCAUAUAUUGGCACCAGGUUCACUUAGUUCUGCAGAAAAACAAAGACAGCAUGCUAGGAUGAGGUAUGCUAUCUUCAGAAGGGAUCUCUACAGCCCACCAGGGGUCUUUUUUAGAUCCACCAUGGUAAAGAAAGAGAUCAUGUGGUUAAGUAGAGAAAUCACCCUAGCUUAGAGAAACUUCAUGCCUCACGGGAACCAGCGGUACAUUGUUAUAGCAAUGAGUGUGGUUUCAGGGCCUCUUAAGGGAUACACUCUUGCUCACUUAUAAGAGUUAAACACAGCACACAAGGAAGUGAAGGUCUGGGUCUUUUCACAGGCUUUCAUAGUUCAUUCAGUCUUCCUGGUCCUUAUGCACUCACCCAACAGGGGUCAAUUUACAGUGAAUAAUAUUAACCUGGAAAUGUUCUUUAUUUAUUAAUCAAGUUGCUAGUAAAAGAA